GCAAGCAUCACCAAACCAAUGAACGCCACACGCUCAACGCGGCUUGCAUGCACUUUAACGUUCGCGUUUGCAGUGCGAUGCUUCAGAAAUGACCUCGUGUCUUAUCCUCUUGAACAGACGGUAUGCUCCACUUGCCAUAAUAGCUCUCGCAUUCGCAACACUCCCCUCUGCCUAGUACGCCCCGUAAUUACUCUACAUCGGCGGUGUUUACAACUUCGCGCGGCACCACAUUUAUUCCGCGCUCCGAUGACCGCCUCCCUUUCCGCGAUCGCGCUGCGGGUGGCACGCGGCGCGCGCGCGGCGCACUGCCAAGUUUCGUGCGUGACGUGCGCGCGGGUCACGUCACCGGAACCUUUCGCUCGGCUGAGCCCACACAAAUUGCGACCUAUUGACCGCCGUCUACGGAAGGCGCCAGAAAGAGAAACUCUCCUAACGACACAGCUUCAAAACGCAGAGGAGAGGCCAGCAGAGAGAGAGAGGAACCGGUUCUAGGCGGUGAGGAGCAGCGUUGGAGUGAGCGGCGAGAGUGGGGGACCAUGCGCAUCAGAACACGACACCGGCGCCUGUGGCAUUAUGUAUCAAUCGGACAGCCACGCUCUCGUUUCAACCAUGCUCAUCAAGGAAGGGAGAAGGCGAUGGUGUCAAAAAAAAAAGAAAGAAAGAAAAGAAAAGCGCGAACAAAGAGCGAUAAGGCUCUACGCACCGCCGAAACCCUGGAACCUUUGACAAGUUUACUUUCCAUUCGCCGAAGUCUCUCCCCCGACUGUGACGCUCAGCUCAGCCCGCCCGAAGCGACCCUCCGGUCACAACCCAUUGCUCAUGGGUUUUUCUUUCGCACAGCAUGAAUGGACACGCCGCAGCGCUGCUGCGAGUUCGGUUCACCAUUUAAAGUGUUCGCCGCUUGUGUUCGCCGCCUCCUUUCGCUGCGCCGUCCGCACGACACGGAGUUCGCGCUGAAGCACGCACACAACGCGGGAGCUGCUCUUCGCUUCCUGCGUCAUGGGCCAGACAGCGUUCACAGCUGGUUCACGGCGGGCGCCUGUGCCUUCUCGGUCUUCUUCGCGCUGGCCCCGCUGCGUGCCUUCGGUGUCCUCUUCGUGGCCAUCAUGCAGGAGUUCGGCGCCAACAGGGAAGAGGCCUCGUGGACACUCAUGCUGCUGGGCGGCGCCAGGGUGCUGUCGGGUCUGUUGGCCGGUCCGCUUGCGCAGCGUUUCACGACGAGACCGGUCAUCAUCCUUGGCAGUGUCAUCUCGGCUGGAGGCGUCAUGCUGGCCUACUUUGCCACAAGCAUGUGGAGCCUUCACCUUACGCUAGGCAUUGUUCACGGUUUCGGCUCGGGCAUCGUCUACGCCAUGAACCCGGUGCUGAUCAGCGAGCACUUUGUGAAGUACCAGACGAUUGCCACGGGUGUCUGUUUUGCCGGCUCUACGCUAGGCAGCUUCGUGUUCCCCAAGCUCAUUGAGAACCUCAUCGCGUGGUACGGCUUCCAAGAGGCAAUGCUCCUCUUCGGAGCGAUGAUCCUGAAUGCGGUUCCGUUCAGCCUUUUCCUGCGUCAGCCCCGGUGGCUCAAGCGAUGCGGCACCUCGGUGGAAUCACUCAUCACAGUGGCCAGCGCUGACGAGAAGUUGUCCUCACAGUUGCCGUACGUCAUUCCAGUGCGUCUUGACAACGCAUCCAAGGUUCCUGAAGUGGGACCAGUGUUACACCCAGACAUCGCCAUCGCGCAAAGCCGCCGCAGAAGUACCUGCCUGCUGUGCGGUUUGGAUGUGCUGCGGAUUCCCAUGUUGUACCUAGUCAUGUUCUCCUCCGUGGCCUUCAACCUCGGCUACGACUGCUACAACUCGCUGCUUGUCGACUUCGCCGUCGACAGAGGCAUUGCUCAAAGCAGCGCCAUCACGAUGACGUCGCUCAGCUCUCUGGCCGACCUCGUGGGCCGGCUGGGGCUGCCCGUGCUUGCCGACCGGCGGCUGUUCACCAGACGUACGCUCAUGGCCAUGGUGCUGGCGCUGGUCGGAGUCAUGUACGUGCUGCUGCCCCAGUGUACGCAAUACGCGUCCUUGUUCGCGCUGGCCGCGGCUAUCGCCUUUCUGCUGGGCAGUGGCGUCGUCCUGUUUCCCGUGAUACUCGUUGACUGCGUGGGGCUCGACAGACUCGCCAUGGCGACGGGUCUGCUUACCGCGCUGUCCGCAACGUUCUCAUUCGCCAAGCCAUCUCUUAUAGGAUUCUUUCGCGAUACGCUGGGUUCCUAUGACCUGUUGUUUGUGGCAUGCGGCACGGUGGCCAUGACGACGUCGGUGGCAUGGGUCCUCGUCAGCUUUGUCAUGUGGCGGAAGCGUAGCACAUGGACUCCGGACACAGUCAUCAGAGGAAAAUCAGAAGCAGGCUCCGGAAGGUUCUCCUAUUACCCUCGGCUAAUCUACAUCGGCGAUGGCCGGUACAUGGAGACGCGGAAGUCGAGGACACCCAGCACCAUAACAGUCCUGUAUUGAUCAUGUGGACUGUCAUGCUCAACGCCUGUGCACCGCGCCUCUACUUACACCGACAGGCGGGUUUCGUCAAAUAGCCUGUGCUUGGUCCCGUGCCACAAGGAAAGGCAGGCACACGAAUCGGGACAAACGCUAUUGUGGUGCAGUGUUGAAAUGAAACAAAUGCUGGUACAGUGUUGACCAUCUAUAUAUACAGAGGUGCAAAAUGUUUUGUUGUUCACAAAGUCACUUGUAACAUAGGCAAUUAACAGUGGUAGAACAAGAAAUGUCAAUCAAGCCAGAAUUUCGACAACACGACUUGUCUUUGUCCGUCCUCAAUAGCUUUGUGUUAAAUGCUUGUCGACGAUGACGAGUCACCAAACGCUGGUUCAGCGACAUUCCUCGUUCUACCAGGGCUAGUUACUUCAGGCUUCCAUCUUCUUGUGUACAUAUAUGUUCCUUCAUUAUCGUGCGCGUUAUUUUUACUUGUUUCACAUAUCUGUGUUCGUCCGAAACGUAUAAACUUCUACCUUUUCAACUUCCUCCUCCUGCGUGAAUAUGCAGAACUUGCAAUUGCGACUCGUCGAGUGUAAUUCAUGAAGGCCACUGAAGAGCGUUCCUGGUAGGCGUACAGGGAGCUCUAAAACAAUGCCGUGUGCAUGUUCGAAGAUAACAUAUAUUGCACCGAAAUUUCAAGGCUGGCUCCUUACACCACAGCUGUCCAACUUUAUGAAGGGGACACUAAUGUAGGCGCAUAUGUGCCCUGAGUGUGUGUUUUCUUCUUCGAACAGAUGUUACUGAGUUUUGCCAAAACAAUUUCGCCUAACUGUCAAGUGCGAGCAUCUAAAUACGUCAUGUGUUUCUUAAAGCUAACGGUUGCUGUUUUUAAUUAGACAAAAAUAUGUGAAAAACGAUACAUAGUCCUGACAAACUAAGCAAUACAUUGCUGUUCGCCGGCGUGUGAUAUUAAAGCAACGCUUUCUUCGUAUUUUUCUUCAACUUUCACGCUACUGAUGCUGCUGCUGCCUUGCGCAUCGCGUUGGGCCUUGGUUGAGAGCGCGAAGUAUCUACUUGGGAAGAGCGCAGGAGAGAGGGAACAAUGGAAGAGAGGGAACGGUGGAAGAGAGGGAAGAAACGGUAACAGCAAAAAGUUUGCCUCGCCAGGGUUUAGGGCCGCGAGAUGUGCAUACAAACGUCACGUAUUCUUUGCUCUUGGCAGCUUGCAGGGUGGCGCCACAUUGCACGGUAUCUUUGCUAGAUUUAAUACAAAAUGCCACCACCUUCCGCGCCACCACAAGUGUAAAAGUGAGGCAGCAGGUUUCAUGCUUCUGCUUCCACGCGCCCUUGCUCAACAUUUCUUCCCUCACUCCAGCGUGAACAUGACACUACGAAAGCGGCGGCCCAGCACGUCCGAGGCCAUACACUCUGUAAGGCAGUGACAGUGCAAAUUAUCCCGCCGGCUACGAGCAAUGACUUUAGGAACGCCGUAAGCAAACAAGUAUUGCUUCUUCUUUUCUAUGCACUGCAUGGAAAAACACAAGUGCUGGAACAAAUAUAAUAUUAAGUACCAGUUCACCACUUUGCACCUAGCGUUAAACAGCAUCAAAUUUAGGUGUCAAAACCAGCCCCAAGUAGCGUGAAUCAGCGGAAACACUGAAAACAGCUUUGCUUAAACCGAUUCCCGCAGUACCUGAGUUCCAGGUUACUUUCAUGAUUAUGUCUGUGCCCCUUCAACGGCAAGAAUCUGUUACUGUCCAGAUUGCUGGCGUAGUAAUCUUCCUGAACAACAACAGGAAUGUAUGCACAACAGUUCCGUCGAUAGCUCAGUUGGUAGAGGGGUGGACUGUAGGAGUUCUGCGGGAGAAUGUAUGCAAUGAACACUAAAGUAUGUAUUACGCACCAUGAACAAAUUAUAAGGCAUGCACGGUGCAGUACAUUCAGUUACGUACCCCUAUAAUUCGCCCCUUUAUAGUGCUCGUUUCUUUCGUCUGCAUUCACGGAAUGCAUGAUAGAUACCCGACAAGUGCCUCAAAUGUUUAUGAAAUGCGCGCAACGCACAAGUAUACAACAACAAUGCGUCAAUCUCAUAUCUCCUGGGGCAAUUGUCUCGGCUUGCGUGAGUGUCCUUUCUGGCACAGUAUUCAGGACGCGAUAACUGUGCAAACUACUCUUUCUUGGAAUGACAACACGAUUAUAACAAACAUUUUAUAUGUGAAUCAAGUACUUGCCAGGUAGAAAUUCUUCAGCGUACAUCUUCAAGGUAAGAACAAUGAAACGAAAGGCAAGCAGGUCUGCAUCCUGUAAAUGCUGCGUCACUGGCCCCGCAAUAAUUUUGGAAGUGCGUCACUAAACUGUCAGAAUGAAUAAGUGCUGUGGGUAGUUCUUUUGAAUAAAUGUUUCUUGAAAUGCGCUGGCUGCA